AUGAACUUGUCUCGGAACCAUCUCGUCGGUGUCCUACCUAAGGAAGUUGGGGAAAUGAAGCUUUUGGCUCAAUUGGAUGUCUCUAGAAACAUGUUAGAAGGCAACAUUCCAGCCAGUCUUGGCAGUUGUGUUGGAUUGGAAGUGCUCAAAAUGGAGGAGAACUCUUUCCGAGGCUCCAUUCCUUCAUCUAUUAGUAUGUUGAGGAAUGCCAAGGAGCUAGAUCUUUCACACAACAAUUUAUCUGGUCAGAUUCCGGAGUUUUUCGAGGCACUUCACUCCUUGGUGAUCCUAAAUUUGUCGUACAAUAACUUUGAAGGCACGUUACCGACUAAAGGAAUCUUCAAUAAUGUCAGCGCUACUUUUGUCUCUGGAAAUGACAAGCUUUGCGGAGGAAUGCCCGAAUUUCAUCUCCCGAAAUGCAGCUCUAGAAACUCAGGCCAAAAACUAACCCCUGAGUGGAAGCUCGCCAUCUCGAUUUUCUUUGGGGUUCUUGGAAUAGCUCUAGUUCUUGCUCUUAUGUACUUUGGUUGGUUGAAGAAGAAGAAAAGAACAGAACCAGCUUCAAGUUCCAAAGAUGAUUCAUCACUGAAUCUAUCUUACGGAAUUCUUUUUAAAGCAACCAAUGGGUUUUCUUCAAGUAACUUGAUCGGGGUUGGCGGCUUUGGAUCUGUUUACAAGGCAGUCCUCGAUGAGAAUGGAGCUGUCAUUGCUGUGAAGGGGCAAUGAGUUUAAGGCCUUGGUUUAUGAGUUCAUGGUCAAUGGCAGCCUAGAAGAUUGGCUACAUCCAAGUCCAUCAUCAGCUGACUUAGACGCGAAUGCAAAUAAAUUGAGUCUCAUCCAGCGGAUAAAUAUUUCCAACGAUGUUGCUUCAGCAUUGGAUUAUCUCCAUAACCACUUGCAAAGCCCUGUUAUCCAUUGUGAUCUAAAGCCAAGCAACGUCCUGUUAGACGACGAAAUGGUUGGACAUGUUGGAGACUUUGGUUUGGCGAAGGUCGUGAUUGAAUCCACCGAUGACACUAAAGCAAAAAUGAGCUCUACUGGUGUAAGAGGAACUAUUGGCUAUGCUG